UCCAUCAAAACAAAGUUGAACGGCACUCAGUGAAGUCGUGUUUUCGCGAGUCUCUUCGUAGGGUUGUAAACAGGGGAAAACAGGAUUUUUUAUAGGUAGUAGUGUGAUGCGCAAUCUACGGUGUACUGGAACAGCGAGUAAAAGUGUGUGACGUUGAACUGGGAGAGUAUCUCGGUCGUUUUUGUUUUUAUUUGUACAGUCGCCUGUCCCCAUCGUCAUCCAUAGACAGAAAACAAGAUUAUUCGAAUGCGAAUCAUUCUCCUACGUGCUGUAUACUAAUGCGCAGCAAGUUGUGGCCAGCUGGCAAAUGUGAAAACACAACAAUAGUCGAUCGUUAGUUGAACUGUGAGGACGCUGGUCGUUUCAAGAGUUCCAACAGAAAUUAGUGCUGUACUGUGUAAAACAACGGUAAAAUACUUGGAAGAAUAAGAAAUUUAAAACACUAAACCUGGCGUAAAUGUAUGCAAUUUAAAAUAAGCUGCAUUAACAAAGAAAAGCUGUAUGUAAAUUGAUCCAUAAAGUUCUGAUCGAGCAUUUUUUCGGUUUAAACAUCCCAGUGUAUUGCAUUGCGAAAAAGUCGCAGAAAAAAGUGCGUGAAAAGUGGAUCAACGUAAACAUUUUGUGUACGAUUGUAUGCGUAUCGCAACAAAUUGCGCGUCAAGCGAUAUUGCACCUGUGUCUGUGCUUUGUUUAUUCAACUUUCUGCUUUAGACCGCUGCCUGCUUUUUUCGUAGCCAGGCGACAACGCUCUGAUUGUUGCAGUGGAAACUCACGUACACUUUUGGAUCCUUUGUUUACAAAUAUAGUGAAGCGGGAGAAUUGAUUUUUCGCUUGUUUUCGUGCAUCACUGUGCAGAGGAGGAUAUUGUCCUGCAGGAGCCAUCCGGAGUAGGAUUGUACAUUCCAGACAAAGAGCCGUAGAACAGAGGAUGUUCAAAUCUAUCAACUUAACUAGUGAACCUAACAAGAUGUCAGCAACGCCGAGAAGCAGUGAGGAUUUAUUAGGAGAAUCAUGGAUCGAACUUUCUUCAAGCACAAACACAUGUCCCAAGAGUCCCGAUCGAACAACUCCGUUGCCAUUCACCUCGGUGGAAGAGUAUCUAAGACUGCUACGAGAAGCUCAACGGGAAUCCAAGGAAUCCAGCCGAGUUGCAUCGCUGACCAGUUCGCGGCGAGAUUCCCCCCGUGGAAGUCCUAAAUCUCCACCCAAUAGUCCCAAUACUGAACUUGCCACAACCGAAGAAGAGCUUAGGGGUGUAUACAUCAACUAUCUCAAUAGGGUUGAUGUCAUACCAGCUGGCGACUUGAUACACCGUGCAUUCAUUUCGUACUUGCUUCUGAAGCUGGAAGCCUGCGCAAAGCAGAUCGAGGAGCACGAAGCUCAAUUGAAUCAAACCACCAAAGAAGGAGCUGCUACUUCAGCUCAAAAGGAUACUGACUGGGUAUGGGAAUGGAGCAGUCGGCCGGACCAGCUGCCUCCAAAAGACUGGAAGUUCGAACAUCCAAAGCAAGAUGUUCGCCGUAUGCAACAGGGAUAUUCCAUGCGUUUAACUCGAGUAGGCAAAAAUUCACUUUUUUCAAGGGAAGUUCUGUAUUCGCUUGUGCUGACCAAUGUAUUAUCGUUGCUGCUGGGUGCCGGCAUUGGUGCCUGGCUUCAUAAACGAGGACUACUCUUCACACGUAUUUCAAUUGAAUAAUCUGAUGAAGAACGAUAAUUCCGACAUCACUGGGAGAUGAUUAUUUAAAGUAAAAGUUCAUCUCUUGAUACAGUCAGCUCAAUAUUGUCGAUUUCAAACUAAAAAGCAACUCUCUGAUAUUUGUGUUAAAAAAGUGCAGAAACGCAGUUUGUAGUUAAGCUAGGCAGAUGCGAGCAAGAAAGAUUGAACCGUAUCACGUUUUGGAACUUUUGCUCUAACCCAAUUCAUCGCCAUUAGAUUUAGUCAACGUGUCAAAAGCAACAUUAUCAGAUCAAGCACAGUGUAAUCUCCAUUUGUAUUGCAAACACAAGUUUCCUUGAGGCAAAACAUUCUACUGGGAACUGAAACCUUCCACUUGAUUUAACCUACAGAUGCUUUGAUAAAAGAAACAUAAAAAGCUGGGAACUCAGGAAAGCUAUCAAAUCCAGAAAACAUUUAAACAGGCUGAGAUUGAUGUGAUGAUUUUUAGGGAAACCGAAGAAUCAGACUAGCUAGGAAAUGUACAGAAAAACUAGUGGAUAACAGUGCAUCUAUUGGUGUUUCCAAACAAAUUCCAUGUCGAAAAUUGAAAUUAUUCCCGAUCACUAUUAGACAUAACGUAUUAUGAUGGACUUGUAUGAAUAUUAUAUUCCUUUCCAUGUUUUCGAUAUAAGCUCAUAAGAUUGGAUCGCGCAAUAGACGUAAUUAAAUCCACAGUUUUAUUAUUUCUACACAUAAACAGUUGUGGCAGAGUAUACUGCGGAAUUCUACGUUCACGAAAUGGAUUAUUUUUGUGUUAUUGAACUUCACCCGAACGAAAUUAUGUUUCUUGUCAAUCUUAACGAUAAUAAUAAACUUCUCUCUCACAUGCAGAGCGCCACCUAUGAAAAAUAAAUGAACCUAAUCUGCAAGCUUUUUCUUGAAUACCAAUUUUGCAUUUCAGUGACAUUUUUCUCACUGACCGAUAAAACUGUUGAAAUUGAAAGAUAAUGAUUUAUGUUAUUGCGCACUUUAUUCAUAUGCGAAAACCUUCUGUGUUAUGCUUAACUCGUUAUCAUAUAGAAUUAGUAAACAAAUAGCUUCUUCACUAUUGACGUAUAAACGUGAAUAAUUGGAAUCUAUCUAUCCAUACAAUUUAUUAAUAUCCAUCCAUCUUCAUAAAUUAUUAUUGUUUAGAACAUGAUUUUUAUAUGAAUUCUUAAAGAAAAAUAAAGGAA